GCGACAAUGAUCCUCAUCAUCAUCUCACUCUUCUCUUCUCUUCUCCCUUCCCUUCUUUCCCCACCUCUUCGACUCUCCUCUUCUUACCCUCUCCCAUUGCGUGACCCAAAAAUAAAUAUUCAUAUAUACUACACUACGUGGCCUCACCCUUAACUAAAUCCCUAUAUAAACCCUUUCCUUCACUCCAUUUUUAUUAUGACGGGCAAAGAAAUUUUCCAUAAGAUGAAGGAAAAGGUUUUGGGUUUAUCUGAUGCUGAUUCAGGUAAAGGAAAGAGCAAGAUGAAGAAGCACAUAACACAUGGCUUUCACUUGGUAAAGGGAAGAGCAGGUCAUGCCAUGGAAGACUAUCUUGUUGCUCAAUUUAAGCAAGUUGAUAACAAUGAGUUGGGUUUAUUUGCAAUAUUUGAUGGUCACUCAGGUCACAGUGUACCUGAUUACUUGAAGUCUCAUUUGUUUGAUAAUAUCUUGAAAGAGCCUAACUUCUGGACAGAACCUGCUGAUGCUGUCAUGAGAGCAUAUCGUAAAACUGAUUCUACUAUUUUAGAAAAAUCAGGUGAACUAGGUAGAGGAGGUUCAACUGCAGUUACAGCAAUAUUGAUCAACUGUCAGGAGCUAGUGGUGGCCAAUAUUGGGGAUUCUCGGGCUGUCUUAUGCAAGAAUGGCGUGGCCAAACAACUAUCAGUGGAUCAUGAACCAAGCGUAGAAAGUGAGGAUAUAAAAAAUAGAGGUGGUUUUGUGUCAAACUUCCCAGGGGACGUUCCACGUGUUGAUGGUCAGUUGGCAGUGUCAAGGGCAUUUGGCGACAAAAGCCUGAAGAAACACUUGAGCUCAGAACCAUAUGUGACUGUGGAGAUAAUAGAUGAUGAUGCAGAGUAUAUUAUAUUAGCCAGUGAUGGGUUAUGGAAGGUAAUGUCAAAUCAAGAAGCAGUAGAUGCAAUCAAGGAUAUAAAGGAUGCUAGGUCUGCAGCAAAGUUCCUUACUGAAGAAGCACUUAAAAGGAAAAGCUCAGAUGAUAUAUCUUGCGUUGUUGUGAAAUUUCAGUGAUCACUGAACUCAAAUAGUGGAUUUAUAUCUACGAACUUGGAAGUGUAACAUACUUUAGUAUAUAUGGAUAAAUGUUGAUACCCUUUAGGUGUUAUUAAGUCAUGGCAUUCACUGUGUGAUAUUUUAUCUGCUUUCAUACAAAUCAAUUGUGUGAGAACCUGUUGUUUUAUGUGACAAUGUAAGAAAAAAAACAAUUGUUUUGUAUUGUGGAGACCAAAAUAAUUUGUAUGGGUGCAAGGAAGUCUGUUUAAUCUCUAUCAUGCUGAAUAAGCCUUUUACAAA